UUUGCAUUUGCAUUUGCAUUUGCACAUCUUAUUAAAAUAACAAAAAGAGAGAGCAAAAAGACUGAAAUGCUGUUAAUAAAUAACAUCAUAAAGAAAAGAAAGAGGGUUGGAGAAUAAAAUGCACACAAGUUAAAAAGUAGCUUUUUUAAUACAUAGCUCCAUUCAACUUCUUCUCUCUUUCUCUUGCUUUCUUUAGUUGAAAAAAAAAAAGAGGGUCUUUCUUGUUCUUGUUCUUGGAGAGAGAGAGAGAGAGAGAGAGAGAGAGAGGGGGGAGGGAGAGCCUUGGGAGUUGGAGUUGAGGACAUACUGUAUCUUGGCUCUUGCUUCGAUUUGGGUUUCUUGUCGGAGGAGUAGCAGGAGAGAAGUGUACCAAUUUCAAUCUCUUUCCCUUCUUACUCCCCUUGUUCUACUUGUUGUUGUUGUUCUUCUUCUUCAUCUUCUUUUAUUUAAUUUAAUUUAAUGUAGUUUUUAUUUUCUGUAUUUAUUUGAAAUGUGGUUUCUGGGGAGUGGAUUUUGGCGGGUUUUAUUUGGAUUUAUCCGGUUUUUCUUUGAAUGACAACAAGAACGAGCGAAAAAGUGGGAUUUUUUUGUUGGAUUUCUGCGGAUUUACAAGCGAAUCGGAACCGCGUUUGUUUUCUUUCAUUUGUUAUCAUCCAAUCCAAAGACGUUGAAGAUUUCUCAUAACUCCUCUCUCCCUCUCUCUCCCCCCACACUUUUCUUAUAUAUCAUGUAAGAAAAGAAAAAAAAAAAAAAUCACAGUUUGAAGAUACACAGUGUAUUUUCAAAAGGAGGGGUAAUCUCUUACUGCAUCUUUGGAAAUAUCAGGGGGAUGAACAAACCAGAAAAGUUGAUAGAUUUGGUGAUGAUUUACUAAUUAAAAGCAUUCCUUUCCAGCAAAAAAAACCAAACAGGAAAGACCGGAGAAAUUUUUAAGUAAGAAGACGACAGAGUGUUUGGUGUGAUCUUGAGAUUCAAUGGAAUGAAUCUUUGCCCAAGCGUCAGCUAGAUCUUCAUCACCAAAUUUGAUAAACAAUCUUAGCGUCCAUCUUCCCUCAUCUCCUCUCUAUAUAAACCACCACCACUGACACCCUUCCCUUCACCAAGACAUCUUCAUCAAUCUGGUAAUCUCCCUAGCUCUGCUUGCCUUCUUUAGCUUUCUGAGAUCCAUGGCACUUGAGGCAAGGAAAGGUGCCAACUUGGCCAACGUUGGUGCUGGCUUUGCAGUCUUGUCUGCUGUUCUUGCUGUCUCCAUAGCUAUAAACAUUGCCCUCUUGGGUUUCCUACCUGGUGUUUACCAACCUAAGCAGGCGGGAUAUGGUCAAUCCCACACAAAGACCAGCACCAACACCGCAGUGCAGCAGCCGUUAGAGCGCGCCAAGGAUGAGACUAGUGUCUCGUCCACCAGUGGCUCCCUGCCUGCCUCCCAAGGCUCUGUAAUCAACCUUGAUCAUGGAGACCCGACGAUGUUUGAGUCGUUUUGGAGAGCCAACGGAGAAGAAGCGACAAUUGUCAUCCCAGGAUGGCAGACAAUGAGCUACUUCUCUGAUGUUUCCAACCUUUGUUGGUUCCUCGAGCCAGAAUUUGCCAAACAGAUACGACGUCUGCAUGGCUUGGUUGGUAAUGCUGUGGUUGAGGACCGACACAUUGUUGUGGGGACCGGAUCAACCCAGCUCUUCCAGGCUGCUCUCUAUGCUCUCUCUCCUUCUGAUGGAUUGCAGCCCAUACCUGUCAUCUCUGCUGUGCCAUAUUACUCGUCAUACCCAGCUGUGACAGACUUCCUUCAUUCUGGGUUGUUUCGGUGGGCUGGAGAUGCCAAUGCAUUCCAAGGGGAGAACUACAUUGAGCUUGUCUGCUCCCCAAAUAACCCUGAUGGAUUCAUGAAGGAAGCGGUCUUGAAGUCGGACACAGGGAAAACAAUCCAUGAUCUUGCCUACUACUGGCCACAGUACACUGCCAUCAGUUCUCCGGCAAAUCAUGACAUUAUGCUCUUCACAGCAUCUAAGAGUACAGGACAUGCAGGGACUCGUGUAGGAUGGGCUCUUGUGAAGGACCAGGAGAUCGCCAAGCGAAUGACAAAGUACAUUGAGCUCAACUCCCUUGGAGUGUCAAAAGAUUCACAACUUCGAGCUGCAAAAAUUCUGAAAGUGAUUUCCGAUGGAUAUGAGUUCCCAAGCUCAAGAGAUGUUAAACUCUUCGACUUUGGUCGCAAUCAUAUGAGGAACCGUUGGGAGAGGCUGAGGGAAGUCGUCCGUGAGACAGGGAUCUUUAGCCUGCCUGAGUUCCCCUCUGAGGACUGCUCUUUCACAGGCGACAGAACAUCAAGCUUUCCUGCAUUUGCAUGGGUGAAGUGUGAGUGGGAGAAUGCUCAAGACUGUGCAGCAUUUCUAAAGAGUCAUAACAUACUGACCAGGAGUGGGAAGCAUUUUGGUGUUGGUUUGAAUUAUGCAAGAGUUAGCAUGUUGGACAGGGAUGAAACUUUUGAUAUUUUCAUUCAGAAAUUGUAUUCUAUCAAGUGAAAUCUUUGAUUAUUGUUUUUCCUUUUGUUUCUCUUAUUAUUUCUAUAUGUAUCAAUUUUGAGAGAGGAUGUCCUUUAUUUCAUUUGUUUCCCUUUCUCUUUUUGGUUAAUGAAAAUCAUUUGUUAUUAUUUCAA